AUGACCUGUGAGUGUGCUCGUCAAUACACGGUCGGUGAUCUAGAACGACAACUAAUUUCAAUAGGAUCUGAUGCAUCAGGAGCGUUAGAACGGGAAAAUUUUCAAUUCUCAACAAAUAAGCCCUUACAAAAUAUAACCACAACCAACAAUACGUUCAGUUCUCAAGACAGGGUUGCUGCAGAAGCAUCCAGAAUUACCUCUGCCCACAUUGGUGAGGGUGGAAGACAGUUCACAUUCACAGAACUCAGAAACCCACCUGCUAUCACUUCUCAAUAUUCACCAUCUGCAAGGCCCUUAGAGCAGUCUGGUAUUCGAUGCAAUUGUGGACGUCAUCUUGCAGCAGUGAGUGCAGGUAGUUCUUGGGUGGAAAUCUCUUGCAGUUAUUGUGGAAGGAGAAAUUUCGAGAUUGUUAGAGAACUGGGAAAAAUCAAUAUUCACUUGUGA